CAGACUCGGAUCUCUUGCUUUCGAUUCUGGGCUCCCCAGCAACCUUUUAUCAGCUGUUCGGCUGGACGCACGCCAACGAACGCAGUGCGGAUUUCACUUUCAAUUCAGAUUCAAGAUACUGGGAACUAUAUUUCGACGUGAUAAUAUUUUACCACGCGAUGGUGUCAUUUUAUCAUCGAGUAUCCCGGUCCUAUCGCUUCAAAGUACGAACGUUUCAUCAUGAAAUCAAAUAAUAUUUUAUCGCUAUUAUUUUCUAGAAGCAAGUAUGGUUCCCAUUUGAUGGAGCAACCAGUAAGAAGCUUAACUUGGGUGAUUACCUUUGUUUACAUCACCACGAACUUCUUAAAUUACAACACAACACUCGUUUUCGUUUCGUUAUGAGGACGAGAUGGAAAAUACAAAUGGACCACAAGAUGGCGGCAUUGUCAUUCCGAAAACUAGACGCCUCAGUGCCUCAAAGGAUGCUGGGAAAUGAUCUCAGUGUGUACGGAAGUCCAUGUGAUUUCACGGUGAGCUCGUUCUAAGCGAACCAUUUAACGCGCUUUGGAUACCGAGUGUUGUUUAUUCAAGUGGCAUCUUAUUCCGUCCUGGGUCUCUGUUCGUCUUCUGUUUGAAUGAGUCAUUUUAGCAGCGCUUCUGCCGAACGAGCCCACUUUAGCAGUUAGCCGGAGCAGCAUGAUGGAGGAUGCAUCUAGCCUCAUGCCCUGGUUCUGUAGUCCCAUGUACAGUCGCUAUUGGCAGCACUAUCAUCAGGCUCUGGCCUGGCAACAAAGGCACAGGCGGGCCUAUAUGAUGGCUGUACAGGCAGCCUUCAGCGCCCCCUACUGCCACCCACACUACCAAAGCAGCCACCAGCGUGAUGUAGACUGGCAGGCCGAGAACGGUGACUGUUAUCAAGGUGAAGACGGCGACAACGACGACGACGAUGAUGAUGAGGAGGAGGAGGAGGAGGACGAUGAUGAUGUAAGCUCUGAAAGUGAGAUUGAGUGUGAUGUCACCAACAUGGAGAUCAGUGAGGAACUGCGGCAGUAUUUUGCUCAUACAGAGAAGCACAGAGCAGAGCUAAAGAGGCAGCAGGAGCUGGAGGCUGAGCAGCAGGACUGCUAUGUUCUAGCAGACCAGGACCUUCAUGCCAGUUCCUGGACCACCAGUGGAGCGCCCCCUGCCGAGCGUCCCGGAGAAAGACGCCGGGCUGAAAUGAAAAAACUGUACGGCGAAGAUGCAGCAAAGAUCCUAGCUAUGGAGGCGGCAAUGCAACUUAGCUUUGACCGGAACUGUGACUGUAAGCAGCCCAAGUACUGGCCAGUCAUCCCUCUCAAGCUCUAGCUCUUCUUUGACAGCUUAGACUUAUGUAAACCUCGGUAACAUGGAGCCAGUUAGUGCGCGGCCAUGAUGUCAAUUUCACUGACCUCUCAGCUGCUGCCCCAAAUCCAACGUAUGUGAGUUAUGGUUAUGCAACGCUGCACCUCAAGUGGCUGCGCACGAGUUUGAAGUCCACUACGUUACUAGGAGGAGACGGCUGGCCCCCUCCAGCCUGCUGCUGCUUUUAUGCUGCUUCCGCCUGUCAUCAUCAUUUAAGCACAAGCCAUUCCCCCUCCUCCAAAUAUAGAAGCCCGGGUGAGUCUGGGAGUGUUCUCCUUCUUAUUACA